UGAAAAGCUCUCCAGCUGUCAGAGACCAAACAGGCGCUACAUGGACAGAGAGGCGCGUCUCUGUUCGGGUUUAAAGUUUUGAUUUUCAAUUUUUUUUACUUCUAAUCUUUCAGCAUGGCUGUGGCUGAAGUUGUGAUGCCUUCGAUUACGUUUCCUGGUGUGCAGGCAAUGGAUGAAAAACAGUUUGACUUGUGUAAGGUGGAUGCCAACCCUCUCAUCGAAGUGGAGUUCAGCAUCGUCCAGUCUCCUGCCUUGCCCUCAAAGGAGGACGACGAGCUGGCCAAAUUCGUGGACCUCGAGUUCAUUCUGUCCAACACCAUCGGCUCUGAUGUUGGCAGCGAAAACGGGAACAUUUCUCCUCACCAGCAAUGCGCAUACUCUCUACCGGAGUCACCAGAGAGCUGCAGCGGUGCGUCCGUGCCAGACUGCAGCGAUCACCCUCCUCCCUCUUCUCACCAGCGCUACCACGGCACCGUCAGCUUUACAGGCUCGGGUCCCGUUCGCAGUCUAAUGGCGGAGCUUCUGACACCAGAGAUGAACUAUCCCGGGGAGGGCUCACCUGAGAGCGCAGACAAGACGAGAGACACUCGGGAGUACACAGAGCUACACGCGUUGAAUGCAACUACUCCUGAACAUCACCAAGUGUCCUCCUCUCCUCCAGCGAUGGGAUACAAAGUCAAAACUGAACCUGUGGGUCAGUCUUGUAUGAUGGCUGCUGCUGCUGAUGGGAACUUUAUGGGACAGACGUUUGAGAGGCACCAACUGCGCGCUGCGCAGCAUUUUACGCACCACCAGGCUGCACUUCCAGGGUUUGCUUCGCACCACAUGCAGCACCCCGCAGCUCAGGCACGCACAGACUGUCAUUUAUCUCACAUGAACUCUAACAUGAGCGUCCCACAUCUUAAUCAGCAGCACCAUCUCCAAAACCAGUACAUGAACGCGCCCUACCAACUUCAUUACGCACACCAGAGUGUGCCACAGUAUCAGGGACAUUACAACAUGCACAGAGAGCCUGUGCGCAUGCACCAGCAGCAUCACCCAGCCUCUAUGCAGGGAAUGAUGCUCACUCCUCCUUCAUCACCUUCGCUGCUGGAGUUUUACGCGCACGACGAGGUGGGGGGCAUCAAACAGAAGCGAGGCCGGAGGUCGUGGGCCAGAAAACGUGCCGCGACGCACAACUGCGAGUUCCCUGGAUGCGGGAAAACCUAUACUAAGAGCUCACAUCUGAAAGCCCACAUGAGGACCCACACAGGUGAGAAGCCAUACCACUGCAACUGGGAGGGCUGCGGCUGGAAGUUCGCCAGGUCUGAUGAGUUGACCCGUCACUUCAGGAAGCACACUGGACAUAGACCCUUCCAGUGCCAUCUGUGCGAGCGUGCGUUCUCCCGCUCGGACCACCUGGCUCUCCACAUGAAGAGGCACAUGUAAAAGAAAACUUUCAUCACGGAGAGAUACCUGGGGCAUCUCAGAUGAAGCACCAAAGGCCAAAAUGUAUGCAAACGAAUGUUCCUGUACAUGAGACUGUGCCUUAAAAGAGGAACAACGUGUUUGAGAAGUGCCUAUUCACCAGCAGGUCAAACUCAGGUGUUUUUGUACAUAUCUGUGAAUAUGAAUAACUUAAAUCAGUCUGUAUUUAAGACAGACUCUGUCUGUGGAGUAAGUCAUUGAUAGUGAGCUCCUUGAAAAACUCUUCCCAAAGAGGAGACUCACUGUGGGCAGGACCCAGCAUUGUGUAAAUAUGUAUUUUUGUAAUGUUUACAUCUCUUAUCUUUGAUACAACAAAAAUCAGGUCAGGGUUUUGAUGACUUUUUUGAUAAUUUGUAUCAUUUUACACUAAAGAUGUUUUAGAUUUGAUAAGUGUUCUCAGCUAGGCCUACGUUUCCAUGUUUUGUGAAGGUUUUGCCAGAGCAAGAUUAACAAAUUCAGGUACUAAAACUUGGUUUCAGUCUCACUCUUCAAGUGUUAAAAGUGUGUUUUUACAGCUAAGGAUGUGAGGAACAACACUGAUGUGUUUUCUAAGGGAAUAUGAGUAUUUGUAUGUGUUCCUGUAAAGCGUCCUUGGGUUUCUUUAAAGGCGCUAUAAAAAUUCAAGAUAUUAUUAUUAUUUUUUGUUUUUGUUUUUUUUUAAAGAUGAAGAAACCCAAACAACCACUGGUUGAACUGCUGUACUUGAACUGCUGAAGAGAUGUAUAUUUUUCCCCAAAAUGCAACUGUUUCAUGCGCUUAAGGGCUCAGAAAAUAAAGUACUUUUA